AUGGGUUCCGAGAAAAGAGACAAGAACCGGUCUGGCUCCUCGUCUGGGGAGCGUCGCCAGCAGAAAAAGGCGUCCAAAGCCCAACAGCCCGAUCCAACGACCUUCUAUGCGGCCAGCGGGCAAAGCCCUCCAGCCGAGUACCCUGAUGAGGAUGACUCUCAGCAGUCUGAGCCCGGAAGCUUUCUGAAUGGCCCUGCUGCCCAUGCAGCCAAGGACCGCCGUAAGAAGGCGGAAGAACAUCGAAAGAGAGGCAAAUACGCUCGCGACCACCCUGGUGUAGUGUACACAGGCUCUCGACCUCGCACUAUCGUCCAAGCCGAUUAUAUCGACGAGUUUGAUAAGGCAUAUCAUCAGGGACAUGGGCCUCCAGUGGGUCGAGCGUAUCCAUCAAAUCCACAAUAUGCCCAACACGUCGACCUGAGUUCGGACGAGGGCAGCCACGGGGGAUACGGAACCACGACGUACUACAAUCACUCCAGUGACAAUCGGUACCAUUAG